AUGAGCCCAGGAGCGGUCGAAAACAACGUCAAGAUGGAGAAUGCCGUCAAUGAAAAUAUUGGCACACCGACAGAUUCAGAUACCGAUGCCCCUAGCACCCAGUCUUUUGGUUUUUUGAACACACAGCCCGGCCCCUAUCACGACUGGCGCGUGACUCUAAAAGACAAAGUAAUUGCUAUUACUGGGGCAAAUAGAGGAAUUGGUCUAGGCAUCGCCGAGGUCUGCCUGGCUAACGAAGCCAUAUGCGUCUACAGCUUGGAUCUUUUUGAACCAGACGAGGACUUCAAGGCUGUUCAAGAGAAACAUCCCAAUCGUCUCGAAUACAUUCAGUGUGACGUGACAAACGAGAAGAGCAUUGAGUCAGCCAUUGAUGCAAUCAUCGCAGAACGCGGGAUAAUUCACGGUCUUGUAGCCAAUGCUGGUAUGACCAAGCAUCAGCCCGCCCUCAACUUCGACCGUGAACAGCUAGACAAGCUCUUCAAACUCAACGUCUUCGGGGCCUACUUUUGCGCCACUGCUGUCGCUCGUCGCUUCAUUGAGCGCGGAAUAAAGGGGUCCAUUGUAUUCACGGCCUCUAUGACCUCGUAUAAACCAAACCGAGCUGCACCCUCGGCGCCGUACGGCGCAACCAAGGCCGCGGUGCGAAACAUGACUCACACCCUGGCAAUGGAGUGGGCUAAACAUGGUAUCAGGGUCAAUUCGAUCUCUCCUGGCUUUGUGAAAACGGCCAUGACACAAUUUGUUGACCAGACGCCCGAUUGGAACCUCAAGAUGCAAUAUUAUGGCGGUAUGCCUCGCCUAGCCGACCCGAAGGAGCUUGGCGGUGCUUAUGUAUAUCUUCUUUCCGAUGUUGCAUCGUAUACUGAAUAG